UUUGCUUCCAGUCUUCCAAGAGAGCUGAGGGAGAAGAUAAGGCCGGGAAGUAUCAACACCGAAGAUGAAAACAAUCCUCUCUUCCGAAACGAUGGAUAUCCCCGAAGGGGUGACCAUCAAAGUCAAAGCAAAGAUUAUUGAGGUAGAGGGACCUCGCGGCAAGCUUGUCCGUGAUUUUAAGCACCUGAAUCUCGAUUUUCAGCUCAUCACCGACGAGGAUGGCAAGAAAAAGCUUAAGGUGGAUGCCUGGUUCGGGUCUCGCAAGACCUCUGCUGCUAUUCGUACGGCUCUUAGUCAUGUAGAAAAUCUCAUUACCGGCGUUACAAAGGGUUAUCGCUACAAGAUGAGGUUUGUCUAUGCUCACUUCCCUAUAAACGCAAGCAUAACCAACAGCAACAGGUCCAUUGAGAUCCGAAACUUCCUAGGAGAGAAGAAGGUGAGGAAGGUGGAUAUGCUCGAGGGUGUUUCAAUUGAACGUUCUGAGAAGGUCAAGGAUGAGUUGAUUUUGGAUGGGAACGAUAUCGAGUUGGUGUCUCGGUCUGCUGCUCUCAUCAAUCAGAAAUGUCACGUUAAAAAUAAAGAUAUCCGGAAGUUUCUUGACGGAAUCUACGUCAGCGAGAAGGGGACUAUACUCGUAGAAAAUUAGAUGGUCAUGUCAAGCUUCUAUUCUGCUUUAAGUGUUUGUUUUUUAGUUGAAUAUUUGAAGACCAUUGCGAUAUUUGGAUCUAAAGUUUUGUUGCUUGGAAAAAUUUGCUUCAAUUUUGUUAUCAUCUUUUUAUAUGAUUUGGGAUGGUUUAGUUUGAAGAAUUUCUCGUUUUUACCCAAUAUAUUGUUUAUCCUGGCGUUGUUACA